AUGUGGUCUAUGGGUAUUUCUGUUAUGGCCUUUGUUAUAAUAUAUAUUGCUCGCUGGAUUUAUAAAUGGAGGAAUCCUCCAUCUAAUGGAAGCAAGCUCCCUCCUGGUUCCAUGGGGUUGCCUCUCAUUGGAGAGACUCUUCAGUUCUUCAUUCCCAGCAAAUCUCUAGACAUGCCUCCUUUUGUGAAGAACAGGAUACAAAAAUAUGGGACAAUGUUCAAAACGAGCUUAGCUGGUCGACCAGUUGUGGUAUCAUCAGAUGCUGAUUUCAAUUAUUUCAUUCUUCAACAAGAAGGGAAGUUGGUAGAGUUAUGGUAUUUAGAUUCCUUUGCUGAGCUUCUUGGCCAAAAUGGAUCCCUUAAAGAAGGUUUUCUUGGAUUUAUUCAUAAGCACCUCAAGAAGUUGAUUUCUGAGCACUUUGGUCCUGAAAGACUUAAAGGAAAGCUCCUUCCUCAGUUAGAAGAAAUGGUCAAUCGUGCUUUGCAUGCUUGGACCGUGCACGACUCUGUGGAAGUCAAACAUGAAUCUUCUACGAUGAUAUUGGACUUCACUUCAAAGCUACUAUUUGGUUAUGAUGCUGAGAAACAAGGGCAAAGUCUAAGCGAAACAUUUGCAAGCUUCAUACAAGGGCUGUUUUCUUUUCCUUUGAAUAUACCUGGAACUGCCUUCCACAGGUGCCUGCAGAAUCAGAAGAAAAUCUUCAACAUCAUAAGGGAAACGAUGGAAGAGAGAAGAACAUCUCCUGCUAAAAGCAGAGAGGAUUUUCUCGAUCACCUCAUGGAAGAUAUGAAAGCACAAAAUGCUUUAACAGAUGAUCUUGUUACUUUUGUUAUUUUUGCACUUCUACUUGCCACUUCUGAGACUGUGCCUUCAACUCUCACUUUGGCCAUUAAGCUAUUGACUGAGCAUCCUCUUGUCAUGCAAGAACUAGUGAAGGAAAAUGAGGAGAUCAUUCGUAGCAGGGAAAAUAAGGAAAGUGGGAUAACAUGGAAGGAAUACAAGUCGAUGACUUUUACAAUGCAUGUUAUCAAUGAAGCACUGCGAAUGAGUGGUUCAGUAGGGAUUCUAAGAAGAACAAUUGAAGAUAUUUACGUAAAUGGAUAUACCAUUCCAAAAGGCUGGACAAUCAUGAUAGUUCCAUCUUCUCUCCACUUGAACUCAGAAAUUUAUAAAGAUCCUCUUACCUUCAAUCCAUGGCGAUGGAAGGAUUUAGGACCAAAUGUUCGUGCGAAGAACUUCAUCCCAUUUGGUGGAGGAAUGAGGUCAUGCGGCGGAGCUGAGUUCAGUAAAGUGUUGAUCGCAGUAUUUCUGCAUGUUUUGGUAACCAAGUACAGGUGGGCUAAUGUCAAAGAAGGAGAAAUUGUUAGAACUCCAAUGUUAGGAUUUGGAGAUGGACAUUACAUCAAGGUCUCAAAAAAGCCAGAAGAUGGAGAGUGUCAUGUGUAGAUGAGCAACAACAAAUACAAGAAAUGUGUUAUUCUAUUAUUUCCUUGCAUGAGAUCGUUAGCAAGAAGUAAGAUACAAGAAAUUCUUGUACAAAUGCAAGAGAAGGAUUUUAUGCUAAGGUGGCUGAGUCCUUCUUCUUUGUAUUAUUAUUAAACUGG